GCGAGGGAGGGGGCUGGCCCGAGCAGCCCGACUUCGCAGUUGUCUCCUGAGCGCGGGCUGCGCCGCCCAAGCCGCUGGGCUGGGGAAGCACUAGCCGUGGGCUCCCGGGCCGGCUCCUCCAGGCGCUCGCGGGCAUGCAGCCCGGGAGCAGGGCGGCGUGCCCCGGGCCGCUGCUGAUGCCGGCCGGGGCGGCGGGGGACCAGCGCCUGCCGAGCCCCUCCCACCUUGCCCCGGGGCCGACGAGCAGCGCCCCGGCACCCCUCUCCGCCCGCAGCCCCGCCAGCGCCACCCCCCGCGGGCCGCAGGGGCUCAUGCAGCCGCCAAGGGAGAGGCUAGUGGUAACAGGCCGAGCUGGAUGGAUGGGUAUGGGGAGAGGGGCAGGACGAUCAGCCCUGGGAUUCUGGCCGACCCUCGCCUUCCUUCUCUGCAGCUUCCCGGCAGCCACGUCCCAGUGCAAGAUCCUCAAGUGCAACUCUGAGUUCUGGAGCGCCACGGCAGGCAGCCACUCCCCGGCCUCGGACGACGCCCCCGAGUUCUGCGCAGCGCUGCGCACCUACGCCCUGUGCACGCGGCGCACGGCCCGCACCUGCCGGGGCGACCUGGCCUACCACUCGGCCGUCCAUGGCAUCGAGGACCUCAUGAGCCAGUACAACUGCUCCAAGGAUGGCCCCACGUCGCAGCCACGCCUGCGCACCCUCCCGCCGCCCGGCGACAGCCAGGAGCGCUCCGACAGCCCCGAGAUCUGCCACUACGAGAAGAGCUUCCACAAGCACUCGGCGGCCCCCAACUACACGCACUGUGGCCUCUUCGGGGACCCGCACCUCAGGACUUUCACAGACCGCUUCCAGACCUGCAAGGUGCAGGGCGCCUGGCCGCUCAUCGACAAUAAUUACCUGAACGUGCAGGUCACCAACACACCUGUGCUGCCCGGCUCGGCCGCCACCGCCACCAGCAAGCUCACCAUCAUCUUCAAGAACUUCCAGGAGUGCGUGGACCAGAAGGUGUACCAGGCGGAGAUGGACGAGCUCCCCGCCGCCUUCGCCGACGGCUCCAAGAACGGCGGGGACAAGCACGGGGCCAACAGCCUGAAGAUCACAGAGAAGGUGUCAGGCCAGCACGUGGAGAUCCAGGCCAAGUACAUCGGCACCACCAUCGUGGUGCGCCAGGUGGGCCGCUACCUGACGUUCGCAGUCCGCAUGCCCGAGGAGGUGGUCAACGCCGUGGAGGACCGGGACAGCCAGGGCCUGUACCUCUGCCUGCGGGGCUGCCCCCUCAACCAGCAGAUCGACUUCCAGGCCUUCCGCGCCAACGCCGAGGGCCCCCGCCCGCACAGGCCAGAGGCCGCCAGCCCCGCGCCCGCGGCCCCGGACACCUUCCCGUACGAGACGGCCGUGGCCAAGUGCAAGGAGAAACUGCCCGUGGAGGACCUCUACUACCAGGCCUGCGUCUUCGACCUGCUCACCACGGGCGACGUGAACUUCACGCUGGCCGCCUACUACGCCCUGGAGGACGUCAAGAUGCUGCACUCCAACAAAGACAGGCUGCACCUGUACGAGAGGACUCGGGAGCCGCCGGGCCGGGCAGCCGCCGCGGGACUGCCCCCCGCCCCCCGGCCCCUCCUGGGCAGCCUGCUGCUCCUCGCCCUGCUCCCCGCCUUCCUGGAGGCUGUGGCCGUGUAGGGCAGAGAGGGGCGGCUGCCCGUCCCUGAGCCAGUGGGCGGCUGCAGGAGGGCUGGGCCGGCAGGGGUGGGGGGAUGGGGGCGGGGGGGGGGGGAAAGGCCCUGCAGGGUCUGCAGGGGUCAGGAGAGGAGGCAGCCGCUGCCGGCGGGCUAUGGACGGUUACCUCAGAGCUGCCCUGGGCUGUGUGCUGGCAAGGGCUGGGGCAGGGGGUGGCCUCUCCCCCCCCACCCCGCCCCCUCCGUCAGGGGGCCGUGAGAGGUCGUGGUGACUGGUGCUGUGAUGUUUGUGACAGUUGAGCUGUGUGAGGGGGGAGCCGCUCCCCUCCACCUGCCCCACAGUGUGAAUGUGCAAAACAGAGCCCCUCAGGCCGAAGCCCCCCCACCCCUGCCCUGCCAGAGACACUGGGAUUGAUCAGAGUCGAGCUCCUCCCCGCCCCGCCCCCCCGCAAUGCACUGAAACAGGCCCAGCCGACCGCUGCCCGUGCCCGCCACACGCACACACACUCACACGAGCACACUCGCACACACUAAGCUGAGGGGCUGAGGCAUCCGCGAGGCUGGACCCCCCCCCCAGGCGGGGCCUCCUUUCCCCUCGGGCCUUAGGACGACUCUGGGGGGCUGCUCGGCAUCUUUAGCAAAUUGUCAUCCUUGACCCAAAGGUUGUGCCCGCCUGGUGCCCUCCUGCCGUGGCCUGCCUGUGAGCCGAGGAGAGACUCCGGCGCGCAGCCUGGCUGCCGGGUCCCUGCUCCACCCGGGUUAGCAGGCCCCUGCCUCCAAGCGGGCAGCUGGGUCAGCAGGGGCUGUCAGCACGAGGUCUGAGCAACGCCGCUCACGGGCUCCCAUGCUCCUCUCGGGCUCCUUCCCUCCCCCGCCCCGUGCUUAGGAGGUCACGUCCUCAUUUCUUAAACGUUGAAACAGAAGUACCCCUUGCUUUCUGUUGCCUUCUUUCUGGCAGGUGGCAAGAGCCCCGGGGCAGGGGAGCUUGGGCUGCAGGGCGUGGGCAGGAGGCGCAAUGGACAGGGCCAGCUGGCCUGCCCUGAUCCUCUUCGUUCCCCUGACCUGCCCCCCAGAGCCCUGCUCCCCACCAGUCCACCCACGUCUGCAGGCUGGGGAGAGGAACAGGGUCUGCAAGCUUCUCAGCCCCGAGCAUCCCUGGCUGGUCUUGUCCCUCGAGUCCCCUCCCUUAAGCCCGUGGCCACACAGCCAGGAGAGGGGGCUUGCCGCUGAGAGCCCUGGCGCCCACCUCCGGCCAGCCCGGGCUGCCCAUCCGAGGAGCCCUGAACCAGUCCCGCCUCCGCUGCUGUCCCAGAGAACCGAGCCAGGCUCCACGCGCAAAAGGGGCCGGAGGGCGGUUCCCACAGCCCAGCACUGUCCCAGCCCUCCGGUCUCGGUCUCGGGGCAGCCCUUCUGCUGUUCCCCAGGGACCUCUCAUACACUGGCGCAGGAGGCUCCCCGCCUCCCCUCCAAGAGGUCCCCUUUCUCUGCCCGACCCCAGGGCAGGCAGGUAGGAGGCUCGGGCCCCGGCCGCCCUGCUGGUUUUUAGAUGGUCCCUGUGUUGGAAGUAAAAAGUGAAGCACUUUAUUUUGGUUGUGUUUGAUCGCGUUCUGCUUGGAAGUGGGGACCCCUCACUGCGUCCUUGUGUCUGCGACCUGUGUAGAGUGUCACCGCAUGUACAUAUUGUAAAUUAUUUAUUAACGGCUAAAUGCAAGUAAAGUU